AUGGUAACUCUGCUGAACUGGAACUCUUUCUAUGUUUGCCUGUGUUUUGUAUUUACGUUGGGUAUUGCUGGAAUUAUCCUGAUUGGGAUCUCUCUCUCUCUCUCUCUCUCUCAUGUCACAUUCUUUGAACUUUAUAUUAUGAAUACUCUCGUUCGGGGCCGACGGUGGCGUUUUUGUGGCCGUCAAGUUUGUAACGUAUUCCAGAACAACGCCCGAGAAAAGCAUCGCAACCACCGCCCGCGAUGUAGCCAUUGGAUGCCGUUACUUUGCCUUUUUGCCCUUAUGAGUUCAACCUUCCCCCAAGAGGGGUCGGACAGGAAAGACGCCAGCAGAUAG